AUGGGAGGCUGGUUUGGGGACGGUCUGCCUCAGGUCAGUGAUGAGGACAAUAAGAAGCUGGAGGCCCCACUGACUCUGGCUGAACUGGGCUCUGCGGUGGGGAGUCUAAAACCAGGCAGAGCUCCGGGCAUAGACGGACUUUCGGCCGAUUUUUACAAGGCCUUCUGGGACGUCCUGGGGCCAGACCUUCUGGAGGUGUUGGCGUCCCGGCUGAGAGCGGUAAUGGCCUCGGUCAUCCACGUGGACCAGACGUACUGUGUGCCCAGCAGGCUCAUAGGGGAUAACAUCACCCUGAUCAGAGAUGUUUUGGAGGUCUCCGGCUCAUUGGGAAUCAACCUGGGACUGAUUUCCAUAGACCAGGAAAAGGCGUUUGACCGGGUUGAACACCAGUACCUCUGGCAGACCAUGACUGCCUUUUGGGUGAAUGGGGGGCUCAGUGCUCCGUUCAGUGUGGGGAGGGGCCUCAGGCAGGUCUGCUCUCUGUCUGGGAUGCUCUACUCCCUCUCCAUCGAGCCCCUUCUGCAUCGGCUCAGAGCUGACCUGCAGGGGGUGCUGCUGCCUGGAACACAACCUUUGAAAGUCUCUGCGUACGCAGAUGACAUAAUAGUGUUCAUCAAUAGCCAGAGGGAUGUGGAGGUCCUGGCUGACACGGUGCAGGUCUUUGGUCAGGUCUCCAGCUCCAGGGUGAACUGGAGCAAGAGCUCGACCGGCCUGGGCCUGCUGCAUGGGGCAAUAGCAGUCAAUGCCUUUGUCUGUCGAGUGAACAGGGCUGUGGGGGAGGGCUGUCCCUUCUGUGGGGAAAGGGAAACAGUCUUCCACUGCUUCUGGGAGUGUGGGAGGCUCAAGCACAUGCUAGAGCUGCUGAGGGGCCUCUUCACUUCACUGGGGGCAGAGUUUAAUGCUCAGGUGUUUGUGGGGGGGGUCAGGUACUCCAGCCGCAGCAGGAGGAGGGGGCGGCUACUCAGUUUCCUCGUCGGUCAGGACAAGAUGGCCGUCUAUGUGAGCAGGAGGAGGAUGUUCCAGGACCAGGGCGAGAUCAGUCCCAGGGCUCUGAUGGUCCGGAUGGUCCAGGCCAGACUCAGGCUGGAGUUCGGCCUCUACAGGAUAAAUGGGGAUCAGGAGGGGUUUGAGGAGCGCUGGGGGUUCAGGGAGGUGUGCUCUGUGAGGGACGGGGAGCUGUUUUUUUAUGCCUUUUUAUCUUUGUAA